AUGAGGUCAGCUUUGUUUAAGCUUCGAGCCCCCAACUUAUCACCAAAAUUCAAAUUAUGGGUUACUAGCAGUUGGUACAAACCUGCCGCUGGCCAAAGAGCUUUCAGGGCUAUGCCUAUGUCUUCUGAAUUUGACACGUAUAGAUGCACCUAUAAAAACGCUCGUUCGUGCUUGGAUGAUAAAACAAUGACAUCACCCCAUCUUUAG